GGCUCCUAGGAACAGUCCAAACUUAUAAAUUCAAAUACACAUAUCUUCUCAAAAUGGCGAGUGAAGAUGAGGUAUACCAUGUAGUAGAAGAUAUUGAGGUCCAAGAAAUCGGUCAAUCUGCCAGAAUGGGCGUUCCGGACAUCCAGGAACCCGAGCCCGAAGAGCCGCAGCCAAGAAUUUGGCAGUUCUACACAGCAACCCGGGUACUUUCACUAGUCCUCAUAGUGGCCAGCUUCAUUACUGGAUGGAUUGCGUAUGCACUGAUGCCUGCUGAUAAAAAAUUUCUAAACGCCGAAUGCAAAGCCGGGGAUUUGAAGCGCAGAUUCAUGAUCCUACAAGUCACUGGGACAGUCAUUGCUCUCGCGCAAUUGAUCAACAUACGCUAUCAACUAAAAGUUAACAGAUCCGAAAAGUACAAAAUUCAAGAACCAUUGAAUUAUGUGGACGGUAGAACGGAGGUCCUGUUUAUUCUUCUUUUGGUUUUCAUUCCUCAGCUAUCUAUUAUGGCCGAUUUCGAUACCAAAUGCCGUUUAAAUACGACAUCUACUACCCGAUGGUGCGAUAAACAGUCUUCUAACAUGGAUGCCCGGGAUUCUGCUGAUGUCAAGGUCCGACUGGCAUGCGCAAUUAUUGGCUUCCUAAGCUGUCAUUUCCGGUUUAUUUUCAGUAGAAAUUUGCCGAGGUUGGGCAGAAAAGGAGUGGCCGACGAGUUCCAAGCUUACAAAUUAGAGAAAACCAAGCUAGUCCAAAUUCUUACUUUUCUCGAUAAACAUAUGCCACGUAUCCUAAAAUUUGUUGGGAUGGAUUGGCUCUGCAUUUGUCGAAAGAUUAAAAUUCCCUUACCAUGUUUUCUUGGUUACUGCAUAUUGGACCAUUUUACGCCUGUUUGGAGAUGGAUGUACUGUGUCUUUGAAUGCUGGAUCGGGCGGCUUACAAUCUGUCCGAAAAAAGAACGAGGCGAAGUCUGGUGUGUGAACAGGAUCCGGAGAUGCCGUAGAAGACCUGGGUUUUUUUGCAUUAACAAAGAAGAUCCGUUCUGGCUUGGCGAGUACACAGUGUUUAUCUUGGGUUUAGCAACGGUUCUGACUGUACAUUACGUGAGCAUUUAUUUGUGUUUUAUACCCGGAGGAGGGUCAAAAGCAUUGGACACAUUGUUGGGAUUAUACAAACACAUUUUGGUGUUUUAAUAAAAUACUGGACGUAUGAAAUAAAAAAUUAAUUAAACCCAAGUCAGAUUUCCAAAAAAGACCAAUGACCGACGUAUUUUGAAGCAAAAAUUGGAUUCUCCGGGCGACAGUCGGCAGUUCAUCGACCGUAGUCUUGCCCGAUAUUGGUUCCUUUUUUUUAUUCGGUAGACCAAUUUUGUGUCCGUCGGGACCAGUUAUAUUUCUUUCUGCAUCGGUGGCCGAUUUCAAUAAUUGAGGCAGUUAUUGAAUAUAGUCCGUCGAGAAACCCUCGAUCAUCGCCCGACCAUCCGCAGAAGUUUGGUAAGUGGAUCGUCGGUCGGUCGACAUUAAGGUAUUGAUGAAAAUCAAACUGCGGCUCAAUGAUUGAAGGACGAUUGACUGACUUAUAAAUAUUUCAACUUAUGAAGUCAUCGGUGUUCGUAGGAAUUAAUGUGACUGCUCCGCGUCGCCCGAUACUAGUCAGGGCCAUAGGAACUGGAGGGCACGGGGUCCGACAUAGAAUACUAAAGAAAACAUAGCUACUUUAUGCUGGUGUCCCCUCAAUAAUAACGUCUUAUGACUUUUUUUGGGGGGUUAUCAAGGAAUUUUAAUACUUGGUAGUGCCCCCAAAAAGAAAAUGUAUGGCUGUGUCCCCUCAAAGUUAAAUUGCUUCUUACGGGCCUGCUAGUGUCGGCCGAUCAUGUUUUUCAGCCGACGAUACAAGAAAAAUUUGGUCGCCAGACCAUCUGUUUAAAUGUGACUUAGGUAUUAGCCAGCAAAAUGAUCUUUAUCUUUAUAGUUAAUUAGUGUAUAUUAGUUACACGACUUUUACUGAGAUUUUUUGUUUUCUAAAUUUUUAUAAACUUUUUUUUAGAUUGUUUAUCUUUAGCUUUCUACUUUCCUCGAUUCUUAGAUACACAAA